CUGCCAUAUAUAUACCGAUCAAAUUCCUUCUCUCUUCCAAAGUGAAGUGUUAGUAAUAAUAAUAAUAUGCUGCGCAGGGCCUCGAAGUUUAAAGAUAAACGAAGCCGACCUCGGAAGCCCGCUCGAGAUCGAACGCCAAUCCCUCUUCUGGAGGAGCUCAAAUCCACCGCCGACCCUGCCGCCGCCCUCCGCCGCCUCCAGGACGCCGACCCCGACGUCCUCAGCUACCCCGUCUGCUCCUCGCUCCUCUACCGCCUCGCGAAGGCGCGCCUUCUUCCGGAGCUCAACUCCCUCCUCGCCCUCCUCCGCGCCCACCGCAUCCCCUGCAAGGAAGCCGCUUUCAACUCCCUAAUCCGCCGCCUCGGCCGCGCUGGUCUCCCCGACAGGGCACUCGCCCUCUUCCUCGACCUUCCUUCCUUCGACUGCCCCUCCGCCCCCUCCCUCCAAUCCCUCAACUCCGCGCUCGCCGCCCUCGUCGAUAACCGCCGGCUCGACCAGGCCAGGGCCUUGCUCGGCCGGUGCGCAGACUUUGGCAUCCGCCCCAAUGCCGUCUCGUACAACAUACUCCUGCAUGGCUGCUGCGAGAACGAAGGAUCGGGCAGCGCGCGUCUCCUGUUCGAUGAAAUGCUCGCGAGGAGAGUUCGGCCUACGGUCGUGAGUUACAAUGUGCACAUCGGCUACUCGUGUAGAAACGGCGACUCGGUAACCGGCAUGAGAUUAAAGGAGGAGAUGGUGAAGAAGGGGAUUCAGCCGAACGCCAUCACCUAUGCCUUGUUGAUGGAAGGACUGUGCUCGGAGGGGAAGUAUGAUGCGGCGAGGAAGUUGAUGUUCGACAUGGAGUACCAGGGCUGCAAGACGACGCUGGUGAACUACGGCGUCCUGAUGAGCGAUCGCGGGAGGAGAGGUGAUUUCGACAGGAUAAGGGAGCUGCUAGCGGAGAUGAAUAGGAGGAAGCUGAAGCCCGACGUGGUGAUCUACGGCAUCUUGAUCAACUACUUGUGCGUCGCAGGGAGAACCGCGGAAGCGUACAAGGUGUUGGUGGAGAUGCAGAUCAAAGGCUGCGAGCCAAAUGCAGCGACGUACCGCAUGAUGGUGGAUGGCUUCUGCAGGGCUGGGGAGUUUGAGAAGGCAGUGGGGGUCUUGAAUGCGAUGCUGGCGAGCAAGCAUUCCCCCCGCGCCGAGAGCUUUAGGUGUUUGAUACUGGGGCUGUGUGAGAGUGGGAAGCUGGAGGAGGCUUGCUUUGUUUUGGAGGAGAUGAUAAAAAGGAAGAUGGGUUUGGAUGUAGAGGGGUGGAAAGCUUUGGCUGAGGCCACCAUAGGUGGCAAUUGUGUUCUUGAGGAUCAACUUCUGAGUCAGCUAAUCUUUCAGUCUCCCUGAUGAAGAUUAAAAGUUGGAGUCAUUGCUUAUUAUUCUUUGUAUGGAACUUUCAGAGAGAUGAUGAG